GAUUCCGAGUCGUGAGGAUCUUUACUAAAACCGUUUGUACGCUUACCGAAUUUAGUUGCGAGUUAGCGGUGCUUUCGUUUGCAUUUGUGGAUUAGCAGUUAGAUUAUAGACAUUGAAUUUUUGUGGAUAUAAAUAUAUGCUGGAUUUUUUAUUUUAUUAUAAGUGUUAAGUGCGACUUCAUCAUGCCUGUGAACGUUGUCGCGAAGAAUUACAGUCACUGUCCUCUUAAAAAGAGACCAGUGCAAAUCGUCGAGGAAGAUUUCUCAGAUGAACCAGAGAAUCUCAGCACUAAGCCCGAAGACUUGAGCCGCACAGGACGUCUGAAUUCAACUUCAAGCUCGUCUCCGCCGUCGUCACCAAUUUCACCCCACAGCCCAGUAUCGUUACCGUCACCUCCAGUAACACAUAUACCAACGCUGCCGUCUCCGACAUCAUCUCCGACCAUAUCGCCCCCCGUGUCGCCCACAAUUUCUUCUCCUUCGCCUCCACAUCAUCUGUAUCAGCCAAUCAAAUCUGAACCGUGUAUGCCAUACAGGCCGCCAAUCAGUCCAGAAUACGCGCCAACAACAUGGCAUAGAAGUGUGGCUCCACUUUAUCCACCAACAUACCCUCCUUUCAUGCCUUAUCACUACCCACAUCACGAAUACAUGAGCUUAAGUCCCACAUCUCCUUACAGUGACAGUUCUUGCUCGCCACCCCACACGCAUCAUCAUCAUCACAAUCAGCCCCUUGCGCCUUUGGCUCUACGACCUACAGUUUAUUCUUCAAUCGACCAAAAUUCUUUAAGCCCGAAUUCUUCUACAACGUCUCCUCCACCUCCGAGUUCCGCCGAGGACUUGUCAGAAAAAAGGAGGCAAGGAAUAAGACACCAGUGCCCCGACUGUGGUAAAAGUUACUCCACAUUCUCGGGACUGUCCAAACACAGACAAUUCCACUGUGCAGCGGGCGAAGGUCCGAGGAAAUCGUUCAGUUGCAAAUAUUGUGAGAAAGUUUACGUAUCUUUGGGUGCUUUGAAGAUGCACAUCAGAACCCACACGUUGCCCUGCAAGUGUACCAUGUGCGGAAAAGCUUUUUCGAGGCCGUGGUUGCUGCAGGGACACAUCCGCACCCAUACGGGAGAAAAACCGUUCUCUUGCACCUAUUGUAAUAGAGCGUUCGCGGACAGGAGUAACCUAAGGGCACAUCUGCAGACCCAUUCCGACGUGAAGAAGUAUUCUUGUUCAACUUGCAGCAAGACGUUUUCCAGGAUGUCGCUGCUGACAAAGCACGCGGAAGGUGGAUGCAGCAACGGCCCGAAUUUGAUGCAUUCCGAAAAAAUGCCGUAUUAGUGUUAUGCGAUAAUAAGUUUGUUUCGUUAGUGUUAGGCUUAAGUUAUGUAUUUAUUUUUGGCUUCGAUAAUAUGAACGGUCAUAAAGGAAUAUGUUUUGUUAUUGGUUAAUUAUGGAAGAAGUUCCCUUUUGUUUUGACCCUUUACAGUAUUUAAAAAGGUCUAUGUUAAGUGCCUUGAGAAGACUGAUUGUAUUACUCGUACAAAAUCCAUUCCUGAAUCUGUAUUUUUGUAAAUAAGUUAUUAUAUCAUAGUUUAUUGUUUGUAAAUAGCAAGUUAUUUUAUAUAUCCUGUAUAAAAGAACAGAUGUCCUGGCUCUUUUUCGAGUCAGUUCUUCGAUCUAGUCAUGUUAUUUAUAAAUGCCAUAUUGUAUAGUGCCUUAUAUAUCUAGUUUUA